UAUUAAUUAAUAUUUAUGGCUACCCCUCAAUCCUUGUCACCAGCCCCAUUGUAAUCUUUGGGUGAUUUCACAGCAAAAAAGCUCGUUGAAGAUGAUUUCUCAACAGGAAAAGCUACUUUGAAAGUGAAGGCUUAAGCAAAUGGUGGAGGCAUUGCAAAUUAUAAAGGCACUUUGGAUAUUGCAAAAUCUUUGGCUCCAGGAUAAGAAACAAAGUUCUAAUUCCCAUAUAACAAUUAUUAUUUCUGGUUUGCAACAAGAAAAGAAUAAACUAAGGUUCAUGUAGAUUUUGGCAAAUUUAAUAUCAUCAAACAAUAAAAUUUAUUUGCUAAUGUGUAAUUCUAUAAUAGUUCAUCAAAAUCAACCAUAAGAUUUGGAUCAGUUUAUGAAGGAUAAAAAUGCUUAAGCCAUGCAAGUAAGAAUAUUUAUAUGAUUAAUUAGGAUUUGAAUGGUUAAAUUAAGACAAAGUCAACUUCUUAUUGAGAUCAUAAGUCAAACACAACAAUUGGGUCUACGUUAUUGCCUCACAAUUAUGUCUCAGCAGAUAGGAAUUUGAUAAGUUAGACUUUUUGGUUGGAUAUUAGACCUAAAAUUAUGAUGUUUACUUUAGACAUUUAACUAAUUAAAUACCAUCUUUCCCAUUAUUUAGCAAUUUUGGAAUUGGAAAAUUUCUGGUUGAUGCAGUUUUCAGAAAGAACUCCAAUCAAUAUGGAUUUGAAAUUGAAUACAUUCCUGUCAGCAGAGUCUAAAUUUUAUUGGCUGCUUCAACGAAAUUCUAGGGAGCUGAUGUUAAGGCAAGAUUAAACGUUUUUAAUAAAACUGUUGGUCUUUCUGCUAAAGGAAAAUUCAAUAAUACGUAUAAUCAUCUUCGAUUCAAAUUUAUAGAUUCUCAUGGACCUUAGCCACCUAAGUCCCAGUUGAUGGAACAUGCCCAUCUAAAUGUGGAAUUCUUCCAGUUCCUCUUGGAAUAACUUUGGAAACAACAAUAUGAGAUUAUUCAUAAAUAAAUAUUAUCCAUAUACAAUAUUAAUGUUGUAAAA